AACUUCGCUCAUUUGUCAACAAGAAGCCGGUGCUUUCGCCGACGUGGACUUGAUUUAAUAGUACUUAUUUAUUAUGAACUAUUUCUAUUAGUAAUAACAACCUUAUUAUAACAGAUCUAUUUAAUCAUGUGGGUUCUCUUUUUGGAAACGUAAAUAAAAGAAAUACUUUACCGAUAGACUCUUAAGAGUUAGCCUGUCAAAAGUGGGAUUUGUUGAACUAUGCCCUGUCGUGUCAUCUGCGUUACACUGCUGCUCUCUGUUGGGAUACUGAUUCAUGGGACUAAAGCCGAUGAGUUUACUGAAGAAAUUAAGCCUCCAGACUGGAGAAAGACUCUAAAAUCCAUCCGGAACGGGCUUCAAAAAAUAGACAAAUACCUUAACAUGGCUUUAGACCUGGUCGGAGGUUCAGACGGACGCUGUAUCUUUAAGUGCAAUGACGGAUACACACCAGUUCCUCGUCCCAGCUACAAAUCGCCUCCACCCAACGGAUGCGGCUCCCCACUGUUUGGAUUUCAGUUUGAUAUUGGGCUCCCAUCAAUGACCAGAUGCUGUAAUGAGCACGAUCUGUGCUAUGAUACCUGUGGAAGAGAGAAAAAUGACUGUGAUAAGCAGUUCCAGGUCUGUCUGGAGACCAUUUGUAGUUAUUUACAAAUGACACUGGGUUUGUCCCAAAGUGUUCAAGGUAAGUUAAAACAAAUUAAAGGUUGA